AUGAACUACAGUGAGGAGCUAACCGGAGCCCCACCCAUCACCGAGGUGCCUCAGGAGCUGCUGGAAGAAAUGCUUUGGUUUUUCCGAGUAGAAGAUGCAACUCCUUGGAAUAGUUCCAUGUUCGUCCUGGCGGCCUUGGUGGUCAUGAUAAGCUUCAUCCUCUUGGGAAGGAACAUCCAGGCAAACAGAAAUCAGAAGAAGCUGCCACCAGAAAAACAAACUCCUGAAGCCCUGUACUUGGCUGAGGGUGGAAACAAAGAUGACAACAACCUGACCGUCCUAACAGAGACUUUGCUCUCUGAAAAGCCAACUUUGGCCCCGGGAGAAAUGGAUGCAAAAUGCAGGGAUGUGCCACUGGUCCGUCUUCCAGACCCACAAGAAUCUGAAAGCUAG